AUAGCACGCGUCCCUUCAUUUUCUCUUUCCUAACGCUCAUGUAAAUAUAACCCCCCCGCUCUUUCAUUUCUCAUUUUCACUCACACAACCUUUGUGUUUUUUCAGUUUCUUUUUUUUUCUAUUCCCACAAAGAAAACUUCAUUGUUCAGUUUGUUAUGGAUGCCGCCGGCGAGAUUUUCCGUUCGAAUUUGACGGAGUUAAUGGAGGAAUCACCUUCAGGUGCAGGUGAAUUGCAUGUGCUUGCUGUUGAUGAUAGUCUUGUUGAUCGUAAAGUGAUUGAACGUUUGUUGAAGAUUUCUUCAUGCAAAGUUACGGUUGUUGAGAGUGCAAGAAGAGCUCUUCAGUUUUUGGGAUUGGAUGGAGAGAACAGCGAUGUUGCAUUUGAUGUAAGUAAAUUAUGUUUCUGGAUUAUUAACUUUGUUUGGAUGUUUGUUAAUUUGAAAUUUGUUGAUGUUUAUGUUGUUUUGUUAUGGUGGCAGGCUGUGAAGGUUAAUUUGAUAAUGACGGAUUAUUCCAUGCCUGGGAUGACAGGAUAUGAAUUACUCAAGAAAAUCAAGGAGUCUUCUGUUUUUAGAGAGAUUCCAGUGGUGAUCAUGUCGUCGGAGAAUGUUUUGACUCGAAUUGAUAGGUGUUUGGAGGAAGGAGCAGAGGAUUUUUUGUUAAAGCCAGUCAAAUUGUCAGAUGUAAGACGCCUGAAAGAUUUCAUCAUGAGAGGUGAAGUGAAGGAUGGCGAGAAAUGUUCUCUCAAAAGAAUGCGAUCAUCAGAUGAUUGUAGUCCAUGUCCAUCUCUAUCAACUACAUUCUCACCAAUGCGUCAUUCAUGUGAUCCACCAUCGUCGGUGUUCUCACCACUCUCACCAUCAACAUUAUCCUCUAAGAAAUCUAGACUGUGAUCAGAUAUUGAUAGUCUCCUAUAUUUCUCCAAUUUUGCAAUACUAAUGUCCAUAUUUUGAAUUUGUUAACUAGUCUAUACAGUUCGUACUCAAGAUUUUCAAUGAGAAAGUGCAAUAAUAUAACAGAAUCACUAUUUUUUGGCCUCUUA